GGGGGAGACCCUCGUCCCCGUAGGGCAAAAUGGCUCAGGAUAUGACAGAGAAGGAACUGCUGAAGAUGGAACUUGAUCAGCUGAAAAAGGAGGUGAAGAAUGAGAGGCAAAUGGUCUCCAAGACCGGCAAAGAGCUCAAGGAAUACAUCGAGUCCAUGGCGGGAGAGGACCCGCUGUUGAAAGGCAUCCCCGAGGACAAGAACCCGUUCAAGGAGAAGGGCGGCUGUACGAUAAGCUGA